UUUUCAAGCCAUGCAUGCAUUGUGCUCCCAUUGUUGAAGUACUAACUAGCUAGGGUUAUUGUAAAAGAGCAAUGCCGGGAAAAAACGGCAAACUCUCGGCCAAGAUAGACAAGGCCACUGAAUCACUCCGGUCCGUCCGAAAGCAAAAAGACGGAAAAUGGAACAGAAAACAGAACUGGCAAAACUUCCAAAAGCCACGUGUCCUCCUCACAUUCUCUGUCCGCCUACGUGAGAACUGUUGACUUUUUCAUCCCCGCCACAAUAUUGUUAACCACCCAGCCAUGCAUUUAUAUAAUUGACCUCCCGCCACAAGGUCAAAACUGUGGGACGACCGGUUUCCCAGUUCAAUGCAAAGAUUUUAUUAACCAUUUUUUUAAAAAGAAUGACGAAGUUUAGCGUGGCAAGAACGGCCCUUUCAUCGAUGGUUAGGCUACUGGUUGACCAUCGUUUUGCCCUUUUUUCUUUGUCCUAACCUUCUGGGUCUUGUAUAUACUCGUAUCUUGCUAUUCCUGCCGGAAUAUCUUUGGGAAAAAAAAAAGGAAAUUGGAAUUCCCGCAAGUCAUCAGGCAUUGAGUUGAGUUUAGUGGGCUACUAAUAUUAGGGAGUUGGGUUGCUCACCCAACCUUUACCCAAAAACACCCCCAAAGUCUUAUUAGUUUAUUGUUUCCUUCAGCUAUUGUAAUUAACAAAUUAAAUACAUAAAUAUAUAAAUAUCCUUAAUUAAUUAUUACGAGAGAAUGCAACAACAAGCCAUGUUCAUCAUCGUCCAUUAUCCCCCAAAGCUAAUUGUAGCUAGCUAGCUAGCUUUCACGAAUAUUAUAUUUUAGAUAUUGACUUGGUUUUGCUUGCACCUCUGCCUCAGCUUAGCCUUCUUUGAUUUGCUUUCCUACCAUUGAGCGCUAGCUAGCUUAAGCUAUCUAGCUGGGUGUUGGAUCAACUGUCUUUGCUGUCUAAGAUUACAAAACCCUUUUGCUCAACCAAUCUCAUUAAAGUCACCUCCUUCCUUUCCUUCUCCUUCUCCUUCUCCUUCUCUCCUUCAUUCAAUGCCCGAAUUUAAGUCUCCCCUCCCCUUCCGCCUGCAAAAGUAGGUGUGCACAGAGAGAUGAAACAACAACCAGAAAGAAAGAAAGAAAGAAAGAAAAGCCAAGCUAGGUCACAACUCACAAAUAAUAGACAAGAGAAGAGCUUACGUUGUGUGGUAAACUGUUUAUUGCCUGUGGAAGAGAGGUGGAUUAACACUUAGCAGCAACAAAAGGGACAUUGGUGGUGGUGGUGGUGGUCUCUAUCUGUUCGAGAGAAGCCCUCCACGGCCCUUCCUUCUUCCUUCCUUCCCCAAACUGCCUCAACCAACCUCUCAUAAACUGCAUUUAUGGCGGUUUCGCAUCUGAACAGCGAGAGAGAGAAGAAGGGCGAGAAAUGGGUAGUGUAAUUCGAAGAAAACCAGUCUGUCCUUCUUUAUUGCUUUCUCUGUACAUCUCACCUAUAAAGUUACACUCUCCCUUCUUCUCACUCUGUACUCUUCUUCUCCCACUCUCUUUCCCUUCCUUCUUGUCUCCAUUCUAAACAGAUCUCUCUCUUCCCCCCCGCUUUGGGGUUUUUUUCCCCCGGUUCACGCAUUUCGUCGAACACCUGAUGGACAUUUCCACGGCCCUGCUCCUCCUCUCCUUAGUCACCGCGUACCUCCUCUGGUUCACCUUCAUCUCCCGCUCCCUCCGCGGCCCACGGGUCUGGCCGCUCCUCGGCAGCCUCCCGGGCCUCAUCGAGAACUGCGAGCGCCUCCACGACUGGAUCUCCGACAACCUCCGCGCCUGCGGCGGCACCUACCAGACCUGCAUCUGCGCGGUUCCGUUCCUCGCCAAGAAGCAGGGGCUCGUGACCGUCACGUGCGACCCGAAGAACGUCGAGCACAUCUUGAAAACCCGCUUCGACAAUUAUCCCAAGGGCCCCACCUGGCAGGCCGUCUUCCACGAGCUCCUCGGCGAAGGGAUCUUCAACUCCGACGGCGACACGUGGCGGUUCCAGCGCAAGACCGCCGCGCUGGAAUUCACCACCCGGACCCUCCGCCAGGCCAUGGCUCGCUGGGUGAGCCGCGCCAUCAAGCUCAGGUUCUGCCCCAUCCUCGAGUCGGCCCAGGUCAGCGGCGAGCCGGUUGACCUCCAGGAUUUGUUGCUUCGGCUCACUUUCGACAACAUCUGCGGCUUGGCUUUCGGGAAGGACCCGCAGACGUGCGCGCCGGGCCUCCCCGAGAACGGCUUCGCCUCGGCUUUCGACCGAGCCACCGAAGCCUCCCUCCAGCGGUUCAUUCUCCCCGAGGUGAUCUGGAAGGUCAAGAAGUGGCUCCGCCUCGGGAUGGAAGUCAGCUUGAGCAGGAGCAUAGCUCAGCUCGACCAGUACCUGACCGACGUCAUCAACCGGCGCAAGGACGAGCUGAUGACUCAUCAGCAGCAGCCUAACGACAAAAGAAUCGUCCUCCUCCACGACGACCUCCUCUCCCGUUUCAUGAAGAAGAAGGAGUCCUACUCGGACUCCUUCCUCCAGCACGUGGCGCUGAACUUCAUCCUAGCUGGACGCGACACGUCAUCCGUCGCGCUGAGCUGGUUCUUCUGGCUCGUCAUCCAGAACCCGUCCGUGGAGGAGAAGAUCCUCCGCGAGCUCUGCACCGUCCUCGAGGAGACACGUGGCGCUGACGUGGCGAACUGGCUGGGCGACCCGCUGGAGUUUGAGGAGGUUGACCGCCUCGUCUACCUGAAGGCGGCGCUGUCGGAGACGCUGCGGCUGUACCCGUCGGUGCCGCAGGACUCGAAGCACGUCGUCGCCGACGACGUGCUCCCCGACGGGACUUUCGUCCCCGCGGGGUCGUCGGUGACGUACUCGAUCUACGCCGCCGGGAGGAUGCGGUCGACGUGGGGGGACGACUGCAUGGAGUACCGGCCGGAGCGGUGGCUGUCGCCGGACGGCGGCAGCUUUGUGGCGCACGACGCGUACAGGUUCGUGGCGUUCAAUGCGGGACCCAGGAUAUGCCUGGGGAAGGAUUUGGCUUACCUACAGAUGAAGUCGGUGGCGGCGGCGGUUCUGCUCCGGCACCGGCUGACGGUGGCGGAGGGGCACAAGGUGGAGCAGAAGAUGUCGCUGACGCUGUUCAUGAAGCACGGGCUGAAGGUGAAUGUGGCGAAGAGGGACCUGCAAGAGACGGCCGCGAGGAUGAGGGCGGCGGCGGUGGCCGGCAGCGGUACUGUUCAUGAUAAUAAUAACAAUAAAGGACCGAAUUGCAAUAAUCAGAAAGUUGACGAGCAUCAGCAGGCAACGGUGACGGCGACGGCCGUGAGAUGUAACGGGCAAAAUUUCCAUGUCCUUCACUAAAGUCGAAUUUCUUUCUGUGUUAGAGGUAACUUCUGAACUUGUCUGGUUUCAGCGACUUUUUUCUGAGAUGGAUUCUUCUGUUAUUUUAACUCUGCAAUUUUUUUUGCGAUGAUACUAGAGCUAUUCAGAUAACAAAUAAUCAUGUUUUGUGUAAUGGUAUAUGAAGUACAUUAAAGUCCAUGUGCAUUUCAUUCGCAAACUUAUUUCUGGCGGAUGUUUGAAGCUCUACUAUAUAUCAUCUAUCUAAAAAUCAAAUUGAUGGCCUCUUAACUAAAACAAUUUCUUCUUCUCGUCAUUGGUUUCUACCUAGCAAAUCAAUGGCGCGUACCAUGAUGGGUUAUUAAUUGUAAAUAUAGUAGUAGCGUUAGUCGGCUGGUUGAGUUGUGUAAUUUUGGUAUAUGUAUAUACCUUGUACAUCAGCAGAACGACAUUUAAGAAAAAUAAUGUUAUUGACCGAGAGACCUAUCUCUCUGUAGAGUAAUCUCAUUCAUAUUGAACAGGGAAAACCAUUUCAAUCCUAUGUGCGUUAGUAUCUAACAAAUGCUUCUCCGACAACAAUAGGAGAGGAAUCACUGAGAUUUGAAAAUGCCGUUGAAAAACUCAAUUACUACGGAGGUAGUGAGAAAGAGAAGUUGUCCAAGUCCAUAACUGAAACUGCAUUACCCGAAAUCAUAAUCUAAAUCGCCGUCAAUGAACCUGACUGUUGGGGAAGCAGAGAGAGAAAGAGAAGUCAACUUGGCUCAAAUCCAAAAGUAUAAUACUAAAAAUAAGAUUUUCCAUCAAUAAGACAAUAACUAAACAACUAAGGAGGCAGGGAGAGAAAGAUAAGCCAUCCUAGUCGAGGUGCAACAAUUCGAUUUUUAGCGUCGAGAAGUGCAUUUUUUUUGAAUGGAAGAGAUGAAUUUCGAUAUUUCCUGAAAUAGGUGGAUGAUUUGAUUGAUGGAUUGUUUUAUUUAUAAACUACAUUUCAUAAUUUUGAAAUCAAAAUAAUAAAAUUUGGAUAAAUCAUCUUUGGCUGACUUGGUGGGCAUGUACUAGUCAUGUUAGUCACCAGUUUAUAUUAAGUUAUCACCGAUCUUAAGAGUUGAUUGUUAGAAUUGACGGUCAACUAUGAAAAGUUUGGGGUUUAAACUAUCUCUUUGUGCAAAGUUGAGUGCAUAUUGAUGUAUGGAUAAUGUCUAUUUUUUAUCCAAACCUUUUUUCAAAUUUUUUUAUAUUAUCCAAACCUAUCGAAAUACUAAGAAUCAACCAAAUGUUAACUUUCAGUUAGCAAUUUUGUUAGUUAUAUUGACUUGGCAACAUGAUACUGACUUGAAAGAGACACAUGAAGGUCAACAUUGCAAAAUUUUAGUAUUUUAACUAAGAAAAAAGUUACAAAAUUAUUAAGUAUAACGCAAAAAUAGCUAAUAUUUUGAUGCAUUACGAAAAAUUUGACUAAUUAAUAACAUUUAAAUAGGUUUGGAUAAUGUAAAAGAAAAAUAUUUGGAUAAAAAAUAGACUCUUUGAUGUAUUAAUCUGAUGCGAAAGGAAAUGGGAAAGGAGAAGAGAGAGAGGUCGAAGCUGUAGCAUUUAAAUUUUGCGGUUGAAAUUCAUGUGGGAGGGUAUUAAAUUGAGGGAGGGGCAAAUUUUGUGGCAUAAAGAGGGGAUAUGAAC